AUGGAUUUCAAUAUUUACGUAACCUCUUAUUUGACGUCUUCCGAGAGGCGGAUCUCGCCCCAGUGGGACCUUGCGUACCUCAAACGACGCCUAGAAGGAAUAACCGGUAUUCCACCCUCGGAUCAGACACUUCUUCAUUAUCCAACAUCUACCUCAGACGAAGUUAGAAUACUUUCUGAUGGUCAAAAAUACUCGGAAGAACGUGACCAAGCCACCAGAGUGCUGGACCUCAAUAUAGCUCCAUACAGUCGUGUACAUGUUACGGAUAUCACUGGAAAUACUGACAUGAACUUGGACGAAGAGAACGAACAGAACGCGGGUUUUGAGCUUUCCGAAGAAGAUUACGCAAAGAGAACCGACUCAGUCCUCAAUUGGAAGCGGGAAAACAAAUUGGGCCGGUUUGACCCUACAGUGGAACAACAACGGCAAAAAGAGGCGGCUCAGAGCGAAGAACUCACAUCAAAAAUGACCGUCGGCGAUCGUUGCCGCGUCAUAAGCAUACAAGGAGAACGUAGGGGAGUCGUUCGGUUCAUUGGAAAGAUCCAAGCACUCGAUAAAGGCGAAAAUACCUGGGUUGGAGUGGAGUUUGAUGAGCCUGUAGGCAAGAACAAUGGUGCCAUUGGAGACGAACAAAUUUUCAGUUGCGGUCCUAAACACGGCAGCUUUCUCAAACCCAAACAAGUGGAAGUCGGCGACUAUCCUCCCAUUGAUCCGUUUGAAAGUGAUGACGAGUUGUAA